AUGUAUGUAUGUAUGUAUGUAUCUAUCUAUCUAUCUAUCUAUCUAUCUAUCUAUCUAUGUUCCGUUAUAAUCUAUCUAUGUUCCUUGAUAAUCUAUCUAUCUAUCUAUCUAUCUAUCUAUCUAUCUAUCUAUCUAUCUAUGUUCCUAAAAUCUAUAUAUCCGUGUAUGUAUGUAUGUAUGUAUGUAUGUAUGUAUCUAUCUAUCUAUCUAUCUAUCUAUCUAUCUAUGUUCCUUGAUAAUCUAUCUAUCUAUCUAUCUAUCUAUCUAUCUAUCUAUCUAUCUAUCUAUCUAUCUAUCUAUCUAUCUAUGUUCUUUGAUAAAUCUCUUAUCUAUCUAUCUAUCUAUCUAUCUAUCUAUCUAUCUAUCUAUGGUCCGAAAAAAUCUAUACAUACGUGUAUGUAUGUAUGUAUGCAUGUAUGUAUGUAUGUAUGUAUGUAUCUAUCUAUCUAUCUAUCUAUCUAUCUAUCUAUCUAUCUAUCUAUCUAUGCUAUCUAUCUAUCUAUCUAUGGUCCGAAAAAAUCUAUACAUCCGUGUGUAUGUAUGUAUGUAUGUAUGUAUGUAUGUAUCUAUCUAUCUAUCUAUCUAUCUAUGUUCCGUUAUAAAAAUGUUCCUUUGAUAAUCUAUCCAUAUAUCUAUCUAAUCUAUCUAUCUAUCUAUCUAUCUAUCUAUAGAUCUAUCUAUCUAUCUAUCUAUGUUUCCUUUCUAUCUAAAUCUAUCUAUCUAAUCUAUCUAUCUAAGAAAUCUAUCUAUCUAUCUAAAAAUGAAUCUAGAAUCUACGAUAUUAUAAUUUGGUCCAAAAGAAAUAAAUAA